CCGUCCUCUCUUCCUCGCGCCGUAUCCAUCCAUCCUUCCUUCCUUUCUUCCAUCCAGCUCACCUCCUGUAUCGCCCCCUGGACCAGCCCCUCCCUCCCUCUUCCACCUCCCUCCGCCUCUGCUCGCCGGGAGAUCAGCGCUCCAUCGGGCGGAGCUCAAAUCACAAGAACCGAGGACAUGGGAGCGUGAAAAGCGGAAAAAAUCCCGGAUGAGACAUAAGGAGCACAGGUAAGGUCUGGUUACUGCAGCCGUCAGAGCCACUGGUGGCUGCGACAGAGGUGUCGUUUUGCGGCGGAAGAGUGAAGACCGUGUUGUGCGUCAAGGACUAAAAGUGUUCUGAGCAGAAAACAAUGAAUGCAUGGAGAGACUGUGCAGGGAGUGUGUAGAUCUCGAUGGUUAAUUCAGCUCUGAGUCAGGCCCACGGUGUGUUUCCUGCUCUGUUUAUGUUGCUGCAGCUGAUGGAAGCUGCGCACUGCGCUCCUGCGCCGGCAGAUGUUUUGCUCACGCUGUGCGCCUGAUUCAGCUCAACUCCUUACAGCCUUUACGUGCACACUCACUGCACCAAAACUGGAAUUCCAGCGAUUUGUGCAUCUAAUUUCCUGUGGAACUAUGAGCUAUGGGACAGUGCGCCCAGGGCUCUGUGUAAGAGUCGUCCAUGUUUGCUCGCAGUGGAGUCGUGACAGGUUGCAUUGCGCUGCAGUUUGACCUUGCAGCAUUUGUGUUUUGUUUUGUUUUUUGCUUCUUCUUUUUUUCUAUGAUUCUGCCCCAGCCUGAUAAAUGACAGGGAUUUUUACUCUAAACAUAUUAAGGCGCGAAAUAGUUUUCAUUCUUUGGUGGUGAAAAGAAUAACUAUGUUUCUAUGAGCAAGACUAAAUCAAGGACUGCUUCUUAAAUGUGCAUGGAGUCAGCACAGACUCAACCACAGGGGUAAGUUAGGAUGAUUACUCUGCCAAGAAUAUGUCAAUAAUCUUUAUGCAAUAUCAAAUAAUGCAUGAGGAGUUUUAUUUUUGUGUGUCUAGUUAAGCCCGUUUUAUUAUUUAUUGGUUUGCUAUUUUUGUUAGUUAUUAUUAGUUAAAUAUCGCUUGGUUUUAGCUUGGUUUUUAUGAGUAAUUUUAGAAGUUUUGAGUUUUUCACACUUGGACCUUGUUGAGUCCUGUACCUAAAAAUAAACCAAAGUAUUGUAUUGUGAUUACAUUUACUGGGUAAUGAAUACGUAACAGAAGACAUCAUUUUAUGACUCUUUUAUUUCCUCCCAUCUUUUGCUGUCACCCUUGUUUUGUUUUGUUUGUUUUAGCUAACUAUAAUAACCUUGGUUAUAGCAAGUUUGAGUCUUGGGGUGCUUGUUUUUUUUUUUUUUGCUCAGCAUUUCAUCUAGUUUUCCUUCAUCUCAGGGAAUAACAAUAACAAUAACAGGGAAUAACAAGAUAAAGAUCACAAACAUACAUAAAAUGAAGCAUUUAAAAAGUCCUGACCUCAACACUGCUGUGGAAAAGCUGACAAUUGUGGUUGGUUCCAAGAAAAAUAACAAAAUGUUGUAGAUUAUGGUUAUGGUUUUGGUUAUGAUAUGUAUUCAUUUGUAUCUGGCAAGUAAAAGAACAAAGGUUUUUAAUGCUCUCUGAGUUUAAGGGUGUAUUCACAACAGCCCAGUUUGAUCCUCUUUAAUCAAACAGUCGGUUUACCUAGAAAGUCGGUUUGUUUCAGGAGGAAUGUGUAAUCUAACUCUGAUACGGACCAGAAAAUGAAAUCUGGUCCAGCUAAAAACUUAGGUCUUGGUGCACUUUGGUGCGGUUAGGCAGUUUGAAUGCAGACCAAGACCCGCUCCAAAAGCAGGAAGUGGACGAUAGCACAGGGCAUUCUGGGUAAAUGCAGUUGCAUGAGUCUAGCACCGGAGGGAGAGAUGGCUUGUGGAUUUUUACUAAAGACAAAAGAGAAAUCCUGUAACUGUGAAAAUCUGAUGCCACCCCCAUUCUUGUUUAUGUUUUGUGAUGAAUUAAGUUGUCAGUGUCUUCUACAGAGGUUUUUGUGUUGUGGUCCUUAGUGCAGCGCCGCCACAGGUGAGGAGGGGGAGCAGGUUUUUCAAGGGUUUGGUUUGUGCAAAAGCAAACCGUACCUGCUGAAAAGAAACAAAUGUUGCAAUUUUGGUCCCCAUUCAAACCAAGUUUACUGGACUAUCAUAUGUAAAAGCUUCCUAAAAGAUGACUCUUGUCCUUUGUCCAGCCUGCCCUCCUGGUCAGCUGCAGACUCCCCCUCUUGUCCCGUCUUCCAGCGUUAUUCGCCAGCCGCAGCUCUCCUUCUGCUCACGUUUCACACACGAGCGGAAAACUGACCAUCUCCAUGGUGACUUGGCACUCAUUGUCACCACAUAGUGUUUGCUCAUCACAUGACAGCAGAUUUUUCUGACAUCAGCAACAUUCUGACCGAGCAGAACAGCAGCAGCGAGUUUCCCUCCAUGAACGCUAACUUCACUGAAACGGCUCCACGAGCUGAAGACACUUUAAGCCUCUGAGUUCUUGGAAUUAAGCUGAAAACAGGAGGCCGACAACAGACGACCCUUCAGGCCUAGCAAGAGGUUGUCUGACUCCAUGUCUGCCCCUGCUCCAGCCAGUCGGAGGACGACGUCAGGCUCUCGCCGAUUCAACCCUCUGAAGGCGCUGCAGCCCAAACGCCGCUUGCAGCAAAUACUGGUGUCCUCACCCGUGCCGGCGGCUUCCAAGCCGGCAUCGGGAUCAGGGACGAGUGCAGCCGCGGCCACUGCGCCGGUGGCCAUUCCGGUGCCUGCGCCCCCUGCGUUUGACUACUGCAGGUUCAUAGAACUAGAUUAUGUCCCCAUGGAGUCGGGUUACAUGGUCUCAAUGCGCCCCACUAAAGGCUACGCAUCGACCAAGUCGCCCACUAAAGGAUACACCUCCACAAAGUCUCCGGAUCGCCGCUCGACAAACUCUCCCUCCACGCCACGUUCCCGGCGGCCUCCAGCUGCACCCAGUAAUAGAGAUCCCCAAGGCAAUGCCUCCGUCAGCAGUGGCAGCAACUCAGGCUCGUGUAAAGGCAGUGACUGCAGCCCCACCAAAGGACGUCAGAAGUACACAUCAUGUACGGACAACCAUGGCAUUCGCCCUCCUCCCCCAGAGCAGUACCUCACACCUCUCCAGCAGAAGGAAGUGUGUAUCCGACACCUGCGAGCCAAGCUCAAAGAGACCAUUAACACCCUGCAAGACAGGGACACAGAGAUUGAUGCGCUGCGAACUAAGCUUUACCGAAUGCAGGAAGACUGGGUUGAGGAGGAGUGUCACCGCGUGGAGGCUCAGUUAGCCCUGAAGGAGGCUCGUCAGGAAAUUCAGCAGCUCAAACAUGCAGUGGACACAGUUCGUACCCGACUUAGUGAUGCCGGUGGGCUCAGUGGAGACGUAGGAGUUCAAAAGUACUUCCAGGACAUCAAUACUCAGAAUCACAAAUUGGAGAACCUUUUGCUUAACAUGGAGAUAGCACAAGCAGGACUAGCCAAGGAAGGAGAAGCCAUACCAGGCUGCAGGACCCGUGCUGGGGGCUCAGCUCCGGCAUCUGUUUCUGGAGAAAGCCCUGGAGUUGUACCUAAGUUGCCAGUGGGAGGGAGGGGGUCUUGUUCUUGCGAUGGCUCUCCAGCUCGUUCUCUGACUCGGAGCUCCACCUACACCAAGCUGAGCGAACAGGCACUGGGAGACCGCAACUGCAAUGACACAGACUUUCCUUGCCUCUCAGCUGAUGGCACACAGGACAGUGGGUUUGUGUGCUGUGGAGAGAACAGCGUCCCCAGCCGGGCAGACCUCCUCCUGGAAGCUGCCUACCUCUCAGAGGAAACGGCAUCUUUGUUGAACUCCUACACGCAGACCUUCUCCCACACUUUGCCUCAUUCUGCCCCCCUCUCUCUGCCUCACACCUACUCCCAUACCUUACCUCAUUCUUUCCCUCACAACAUGUCCCACUCCAUGCCACACACGAUGCCUCACUCCUCCACCUAUGAGAAACUCUGCACAGGCGAGCGGCUGGCUCCAUUUCGUUGCAGUUUGGGUGGAGUGAGCUGCAUGAGCCACCCCUGCCUGUCCCACCACCACCUAUACCUGCACCCCCUGAGGGAGGCAGGCAUUCAGACUGAGAGCUGUCCCAUCCCUGCAACAGUGGGGUAUCCCUCUGAUCUGGAUACUAUUGCAGAGCAACGUACAUUUCGCUCUCAGGCCUGCAGCCCCACCUCCACCUGGAUGUCUGAUGAGGUGGAAGAGGAUCUGGACUCCAUCACCACCACCACUUCAGUGACAACAGCGACCGUGAUGAGCACAGCCACUGAGCCAAUUCCAGUUUCCAAAACACCACUGGCUCCACCUCUUCCACGAUCCGCGACUGUGGCAUUUUCCAUGGAGAGUCCUUCGUAUCAGGCAAAUGACAAAGUUGAGGAAGAGGAAAAGCAAGAAAAAGAAAAUAGAGAGAAGGCUGGAGAAAAGUUGGACAACACUAAAGUCAGACAAUCAGGAGAGGCAGAUCAAAACUCAGUGGAAGGGAUUGAGGUAUUGGAUGAAGAGGCAGAACAAAGAAAAGUCUGUGAUUUAGCAGGAAGAAUGCAGGGUGAACUUAAUUUUGCAGGAUGCUGUGGAGAAAACAAGCAAGAUGACCAGAGAGCAGAGGACAAGCAGCAAGAGGCCAGGAUUGGAGAAAUAUCAACAGAGGAAAAGAGCCCUGUGAUUACUUCAGAGUACACUGGACUGUCUCCGGGUGUACAAGAGCCUCAAACAUCCCAACCUCCGAGGAGAUCUAUCUCCCGUGAAGAGAUAGCUGGUGUCACAGUGGUGGAAGUUCAUGACGAGGAUGAUGACGAAGAUAAGACUAAUGAACAAGAGGCCACAGGGAUUGCUGUAGCAGAGGACGAAGACUCUGGGAAAAUCCAAAAAAGCUACUGGAGUCGUCACUUCCUGAUUGAUCUGCUAGCGGUGGCCAUCCCUGUGGUGCCAACGGUGGCGUGGCUGUGUCGUGGCCCGGUCCGUGGCGGCCAGCCUAUGUAUCACAUCGGUUCACUGCUGAGAGGCUGCUGCACUGUUGCACUGCACUCGCUACGCAGGGGCGGUGGCCUGAGACAUUACCCCGCAGGCGGGGGAGAUCUUGGCGGCACACAAAUAUAGCAGAAUGACAUCUUCCUGGUCCUUUACUGUGGUGUCACUUCUCCUGUGUGGUCUGUAGUGUUAGACCAUUGCUUAAAGUGCAAGAGCAAGAACUUCUUGUUCCUCUGCUUUGGAUGGUAAUAAAGAAUGGGAAUGUUAGGAACAAGAGUUGGGCAUCAAAGAGGAAGACCUUUGACCGAUCAACUCUACUCUGUUUGACCCUGCAACAUAUUGUAAAAGCAAGAAAGAUAAUUACUUUUUCUUGCUUGGUCUUUGCUGUCGUUACCAAAAUAUCCAUGUACUGGCUUGUGCUAGCUGAAUGAGCUGCUUGAAAGGAAUGAUCAAUGCUUUGGUGUUGAUUGUUUAAUUUAUUUUUGAAUGUAGAGAAAAUGUCCCUUGCCAUGUCAGCUGUCAGUUAUGACGUAAUACGAUGAUCACAUGUUGGUGAAUGUGUACAUAAAUACUUUAUAUGUAUGUAUAGGUGUGUAUAUGUAAAAUUAAAUUAGAACAAACUAAGGUAACGGUUGUUGGCCAGUGGUAGUGGGAAUAAAUCCACUUUAAUCCAAAGCUGCAGACACUUUUCACUGAUAACUUCAUUUGUCUGCUGUGGAGAAAAACAUGGGAGACACAGAACUCAGGUAUCUGCUAGGGGUAGAAACACAACCAAUCCUGUCAGCUGGCCUUGCACAGUGGUGUGCUAAAUAAACUUCAGUCAAAAGCAGUUUAUUCUUACUGGCUUCCUCUCUUUAAACUGGCAGUGGAGAUAUUUACAAUGAGAAUUUUGUCUUUGAUAUGCAGGCUAUCUGUACCCAGACUUAAUGGAGAGGCCUGGCUAUUACAGUUCAGAUGUUUAUAAAUGGACUCUUUACUGUGUCCACUGAAAAGGUUUAAAUCGGGUAGAACAGGAAGAAAACGCUUCACUUUUCUUGGACUUCCUGACAAGUCCAGAUGAAGAUCAAGGGUUGCUCAGAAUUAAAUGACUGACUUAGAAGUUAAUGGCUCCCUCUACUGGCCAGAAGCAGAAGUGAAUAAACUCAAAGAUUUGACAUUUAUUCUUUAACGAUAACUUUCUUCCCUUUCUAAAGGUUUGCUUAAUGACAUUAAUAAUGGUAAAUUAUAAAAUUAUUCAGUGGAAAGGGACUUGGAUUUUGUUGUUCUUUUAUGUUUUCCCAAUGUUGUGCUAAGCUGAAAUGUUUUCAUUUUCAGGGGAGUAAAAUAUUCUAGAUGAAAGGAGAUAUGACUACCUUUAGCUCCAGCAACAAACAAGACAAAACAACGACUGGGGGUAAACACAUUUAGUGUAGAAUUGGUCAGGCAUUUCUUAAAAUAGAAAUUUAAAUCAUUAAGAGCACAUGACAGUGAGGUCAUGCACUACUUAAUGAUUGCAGAAUAAAACAGAACACAGAUUAUCUGUGAUCCUUACAUGAUACUCUCUUUCAAUGGUCACUUUAUAGUAUGUAGGGACUUCAGCCACAUUUGUCUGGAUUUCCCAUCUGUUAAAUGAUGGAAGAUAAUCAAGUGAAUUUAGCUGUAAUCCAGUUUCACUCUGGGUCCAUGUUACACAUACCUGUUGAAGUUAAUCUGGCUCUGAUAAGGUGCAGCAGUGCAACAAGUAGUCCAGACAUUUCUUAGUUUCACAGGGACACAUACCUAGCUGUGUAAUUAUUUAAACAAACAUAAAAGAAGAAAGUUAGCCAAGUUGUAAACACUUCAAAAAUACACCUCUGUACAUAAAAACAGACCACUUUACAGUAGCUUCCACCGUCAUGGUGGAAGUUCAAACAGAAGUAAUCGUAACCUAUGAACAAUGUUAGUCGUUACUUUGGCUAACAUUCAGUCAUUUUUACAGUGAACAAACUGUGCAGUUUUUCCUGUUAGUUUUCUCUACAUGUGGUAGGCUGCAUCCUAUUCCCUUGUUUGCCCUCUAGUUUAUUUGUUGUGUUCUUUUCAAUACAACCCUUCUUGUGCAGUAUGCUUCUCGAGUCGACACUGAUCUCCUUUCUCGCAGGUUGCUGGUUGUGUUUCUACCCUGAGAUUGUUUUCGUUAGACUCACCUAUUUAUUUUCACUGUAUCACUUGUGUGCAAAGUGUUCUUAUAUCGAUUGUAAUGAUGCAGUUCGCCCAGGCCCCCUCCAAAUGUCUACCCUGUCCACUAAUUUUCUGCCAUUACAUAAUUAGUUCAUAGACAACACAUUCAAUGCUCGUUAUAUCCUUACACCUGCUCUGAAUUGUCCUUUAGCUAAAGGUUAGCUAGGUUAGAUAAAGAUAGCUUGAAUAUCUUUGAAAGAACUCUAAAUAAAUCAAAGUUUUUUUGAUGAGAAUUCAUGAAUUGUUAUAGAAAAUUCAGUGUGUACAUUUUGUACAUUGAGAAAUAUAUUGCUCUUAGAUUAUUCCUCCCUAAUCUGUGCCUUUUUAUUUGCCAAUUUCACAACAGUGUCUGGGGAAUGAUGUGGGCCUGGAAUAUUUUCUAUACACAGUUACCUAUAUAGCUGUUUAGUGUACCACUGGCAGUGAACUAACAGAGUCAAAACUCUUUAGUCAUACAGUGAAAUCAUGAUCAAACGUCUGUAGAUUCUCACUAUCUCAGUUUAACACCAUCAGUAGAUCUGAGUGAAGUGAGUUGUGCUCAGUCUGUGAUCUGUGCUGUAUAUUUCUGCUAACCCUGAUGAUCUUGUGCUGUAGCUAGUCUUUAACUGUCAAUAUGUAUUCUCAAGUCCAUCCUACACAAUUUAGUCCACUACAAAAACAAACUGUGUGUCUAAAAUUGUUUUGUAAAGACAUUCUACAAAUCUGUUAGGUCAAACUUAUUUACUUCUUUAAAAUGUGUUGUUUGAUUCCAGUUGCAUUCAGCUGAAUUUUAUUUUCUGUAUUUUGUUAUCAGGCUGACGUUGAUGUUUGCUGAUGUCAAAAUUCAACAAGCAUGUAGCAGAUUGAUGGUUAAGUACCAGUAAGAUAAAGCAUUUUGUACUUAGCAUUCAAGAUACUGACAAAAUACAUUCUGAAAACUGCAAAAAAAAUAACUACAUUUAAGACUAUAUUUUAUCACAUCCACAAAUUUCAAUGUAUUUUUAUUUUUAGAAUUGUAUGUGACAGACCAACAUAAAAUGAAGCAUAAAUUUGAAAU